AUGCUGACCACCCGCCUCUCUCCUUCCCUUCAAACACCGCACACACCUCCAGAUGUGCAGAGCAGGCGGCGGGUGGGCAGGCAGUACCCAGCCUCCCCUGCUCUCCACUGGGUCUUAGUGCCUUGCAACCUCCGCUGUCGUCACGGAGGGAUGGCUCUGCUUUUCAGCCCUCCGAGAGAUCUUACUGGAGGCCAAACAAACUCCCAGUACGAGUGCCCAACAAUGCUAUUCUACGAGCCACAGCGAGCCGAGUCCUGCAGGCGAGAUUUUGAAGAGGAAGAGGAGGAGGAGGAGGAAGAGGAGGAGGAGGAGGUGGAGGAAGAGGAGGAGGAGAGAGAUGAGGAUGUGAAAUCCAAACAGAUGCUGCAUGCGUCUUGUGGGCUUGGAGCGCGCACGUCAGCCCUGCAGCCGCAGCAGCAGUGCGCGCGGAGCGGCCUGCGCGGAGCCACAGGAAGCGUGUCUUCUCCAGCCUGCUCCUUCCUAAUGAUCCCCGCGGCUGCUGAUGAGACACGACCGUCGCGCAUCGACGAGUGCCUACUUAAUAAACGGGUGUCUGCCGCAUUUUACCAGCUGUCCUCAGCAGCAGGAAAAGAAAAUCAGUCAGCAGGGGAUGAUUUUUCAUGCUGUCGCGUUGUAAACAAAACGAGGACCUGUUUUAAGGACAUUUGCGAGGCUGCUGCAUCCCGGUUGCAGGCAAGUGAUCCUUCAGUCAGCAGUGUUCCCGGGAUUCCUUCAGCAGCUCUCCCCUGCUUUUUUCAAGAAUGGGAUCAUAGAAGCCCUCACUUUGAAUUUAGAACAACCGCUAGUAUGGUGCAGCCUUCCACCAGAACAGGUGACAGCCUGUUGGAAAAAUUACCUCACCCGCAUAAGUGUCAGACAUGGGCCCUGUUGCUUUUCCUCUGUGUUGCUCUCCUCUGGCUUCCAGAGACAGCAGGAUCUACCCUGAACUGCCAUAUGACGUGCAUCUGUGCUUCAAACAUAGUCAGCUGCUCCAAGAUGAAUCUAACCACCGUCCCUACCCAACUGCCUCACUACACAGCUGUGCUGGACCUCAGCUACAACGACAUAGUCCGGCUCAGAUCGGAGUGGACGCCGGUCAAGCUCCCGAAUCUCCAUAACCUCCUGCUCAGCCACAACAAUCUCCAUUUUCUUUCCUCAGAAGCAUUCACAAAUGUCAAGCAUCUGCGCUACCUGGACCUGUCCUCCAACAAACUGCAACAGCUAGAUGAGUUUAUCUUUGAGCCUUUGGUCAACCUGGAGGUUCUCUUGCUGUACAACAAUCAAAUUUCCCAGAUUGACCGCACAGCCUUCGCUAGCAUGAUGAACCUUCAGAAGCUGUACCUUAGCCAGAACCAAAUCUCCCGCUUCCCCGCGGAGCUGGUCAGGGACAAGUCCCGCCUGGAGAAGCUCAGCCUCCUGGAUGUGUCGUCCAACAAGAUCAAGGUGUUGCCCAUUGAAGAGCUAAAGGGGCUGCCUGCCUGGAUUAAAAAUGGCCUCUACUUCCACAAUAACCCUCUGCUGUGUCACUGUGAUCUCUACACACUUCUCGCCCACUGGUACAUUCGAAAGCUCAACUCUGCUCUGGACUUCAAAGAUGACUACACGUGCAUUCUGCCCGGUCCACAAAAAACCCAAGUAGGUGUUUUUGAUCUCAGUGGCGAAAGCAUGAACUGCAGCACAUUCAAGGAGGCCGAUAGGGAAGCUUUUCUGGAGCAAACUCUGACCCUUAGCUGCGACACCAAGCACAGGGACAUGUCAAAGACCUGGACGAUGCCUGACAAUGUGCUGGUGACACCUGGGAGCAAUCAGACGGCAAAAGUCUUGGCAGAUGGUGGCCUGCAGAUAGGUCCAUUAAGGUCGGAUGACUCUGGGACCUACACGUGCUUUGCCAUAAGCGAGUACUUCAAUGAAACUGUCUAUGUGGUGCUAAAGGUUCAUAACUUCACCCUGCAUGGAGUCGGGGAGACUUUGAACACAGCUUACACAACCUUGAUAGGCUGUUUGGCCAGCGUGGUGCUGGUGCUGGUGUACCUAUACCUGACACCAUGCCGAUGUUUCUGCUGCCCCAACAAAGGUAAGGCCAGAGGCGAAGACAGCAUCCACUCCUCGAUGCUUAGCGUCACUCCCACCCAUGAGGACCCGGCUCUCAAAGCUGAGCUGAACAGACAUGUGGCAUUCAUAGACUCCAAGGACCUACAGGGCCAGAAUGGCAAGCUGAACCCCAAUGGGGAUGAGGACGAUGACGAUUUGGAUGCGGAGGCUGGUUCUCUUAUGAAGGGGAAGAGGAAGAAAUCAGUAGCAGAGUCCAUCAGCUCCGUCUUCUCAGACACUCCUAUGGUGGUUUGAGAUCACACUGCUAGAGAUGAUGGAUGCCAUAUGACUGGAUGUAUAUGGUACAAUAUGAGCCAUAUGUUGAGUUAAUGUAAACUGUGACUGUGGACUUCUGGGAGAGAACAAUGGAGGGAUCUUCAUCUGUGGCUGCAGGCAAGUUGGAAGACAGGAUCUCAAAGGGAUUUAAGAAACUGAUUUGUCAGAAAGGACAAUAAGCAGAACUUUUCCAGCAUUUUAAUCUGUAGCAAUUACUAUUCAUACUGUGAAAGAACGCAAAGGAAAUGGACAAUGGAAAUAUAGAGUCUAACUGAGAAAAUGACAUAUAGUUAAUGUUGGCACUCAGGAAGGGAUCAAUAGACUUACAGAGGUGUGGGAAUUGAUCAAAUAAAUGGAUUGGAAAUAGAUUUUCAGAAGGAAAGCUCAUAUUUAGUUUAACUGAAAACCAUGACUUGGUCAGAAUUAUAUUUAUCAUGAAUGAUUAGAAUAGAAUGCAUCGUAUUUAACACUACGGCAUAGAUACAUUCAUCCAACCCUUCUAUCACAGGGAGAGAGGAUGACGUCAUGCUAUGAAUAGGAAUGACAUUCACCUUGAGUUAUCUAUAGUCAAACUGCAUGUCAUAAAACCACAUGAUUAAAGAUCCUAGCUUAGAUAGAUAUAAUUGAGGUAAUAAAACAACGAUUCCUCUGACCAUAUCAAGAGCUCAACACAGGCCAUUUUUAUCCCUCUGCAAUUCUGCUUACUACAUACAGUUAUUCAAACUGAUCCUUAUUCACUGUCUUAGACAUAUUCAGCCAAACAAUACAGGGCUGUUUCUUCCUUCCCCAUGUUAAGGGAUCAAGUUACAGAGAUGUGUAUUACAAAGUUGUGAACCAACUUGCAUUGUAAAUUAAUAAUGUAACAGAAUGGCUGCCUUUUAGUUGCUGUACAUCUACAGUAAAACCCAACCAAAACUUUUGCACAAUUAAAUACAUGGGAUGCCUCCAUCAGAUACACAUUAGAUCCAGGGAAGUAUUUUGUUUUUACUAAUUAUCAACACAUUGUCUAAAAUCUGUAUACAGAAAGGUACCACAGUCCUUAUAAAAAUGAGAAGGCUUCUGGUUGUUGUCUACAGAGGUGUCACUUACUGUUAAGUUUGUCCCUUUGCCAAGUUGCAGCAUCAGUUUCCAUCCGUCACAACACCAGGGCGUUGCAUAGCAAGCCAAUGCUGACAGAUCAUAAUUUAUUCUGUAUGGAAAAUGUGCACCUUAAAAACAGUAUCAUAAAUAUGUCAUAAGGUUCUGUGCUCAGUGGAUAGUUCCCAGUGUUACACAUGAAAUGUAGCUCUUCUGUCCUUUGCUGCUGAGGAUAUAACACAUGUUGUAUCAGCUAAUAGACUCUCUGUAACAGUAAAGCCUUUAUAGCUUCUCCUUGAAAUCCAUCCUAUGAAUAAUACUGAUGAGGCUCUGUAUUACUGGCAUGAAAGGGCUACGUUUAACGUUUGUAGCUGAAGACAGGACAUUUCCAGUUGCACAGGGGACCCGGAGUCUUUGAAAAGAUCCCCCUUGUGUCAUUAUUCAUUAUUAAAUUGGUUGUAAAAUAAAUUGAACAUGCAGGACUCCUGGUACGCCGUGCAUAUUUAAUCCAGACAGGAGAGUGGACCUUGGCCCAAGAAAGAGGGAUUUGAUUCAGCUUUAGUGUGCAUGUCUUACAAGGCUAGCCUAUUUGCAUCUUUUGAUGAGGAGAAGCUACCCUUUGCUUUCCGUGUCUUUGUCGCUGAGCUGGAGACAAUUAAUGUCACUGUGAGUCACAGUAACACAAAGGCAUUCUUUCUGGCUCCUUGUAAACUGACAGCGUCAAUUCAGCUCAGAUGCUUUUGCUUUGUUUGCGUACCUUUGUCAUUAUGAAUCUGCCCUUUCUUAAGUGCAAAAGCAAUCAUUCAGCCAAGCAACGCAAUGCUCUUUAAGUAGUCUGCAAUUUGUUUAUGAAAGAAAAGGCUUGAAGACUCCAUUGAACAUUAGCACUGAGUCAUAUGGUUUGAAAGUACUUCAGCUGCUCAGAGUUGAUCGUGCUUUGGGGUGUCUGCUCAAAAGGUUCCAUGAAAUACAUUAGAAUUGCAAAUUACAAAGAAACCACAUCAUAAAUCUAAAACCAAUAAUAAUUCAUUUACCCACUCCAAUGCUUUUUUGCUCAGAAUUGAUGAACUCCUCACAGUUGCUGUGUGCACCGCAGCAUCUCCUGUGUGGGUGUGGAAGGAAGUCACACUUGUCAGGGAGGUGGUGUGUGAAUCAUUUCACUCUGUCACACGUUGGAAUACCAGGUGGAGGAAUAGCGGCAAAAAUACCAAGAUGCACUUUAAAAAAAAAAAAAAUUAGUACAAAUGCAGACUGAUUACAGUUUGCCAAGAAUCUGUCACAUUUUAAGGGUUUCAGGAUGUACCCAUUAGAACAGAAAACACAUUUGCUCAUAUUUGUUUCCUCAUCAGAUUUCAAGGAGUGGCCAUAAAGGACAGCAUGUGAGGCUAAUGGCUGAAAUCAUCCACGGAUAUUGUGGCUGUAGAGUAGCACUAUAAAAUUACCCAUCCAUUAUGGAGUGUUUUCCUCACUGGAACACAGUGUCAGUCCUAUUUCCUCUACUGUGGUUGAGUAGUGGUCUACUCUUGUCUAUUCCCUCCUUAAAAUACAUGUCUCAGUUCUGUAUAGAGAAGAACUAAGUGCUUCUGCAAAGAUUAUAACAAGAAGGAGAAGAGUAGCUUUGUUCUACGCAAAGCAAAUCUGCCUUCCUGUAUAUCUACUAAUAUAUACAAUAUAUAUAUAUAUUUACAUAUAUAUAUGUAGGGUCACUUUCUGUUUUCAGUAUUUCUUAGUUGUGUACUAUGUUCUGCCAGUGUACUGAUUGUAAUCUUGUGCAUUCUGAUGUUGUUCAUUUGGCAUUUUGUCCACUGCUGUGCUAUUGUUAGUUUUUCAACACGCAAGUCUUACUAUAAAUGUUUAUUUUUUAAAGCAGGGUGGGGUUUAGUUUUUCUAAAGAAAGAAGGCUCAUUUUGCAUUUGACUCGUGAAGAACUGGUUUAAUGAAGGUUAUAUUUCCACAAGCAUCCCAAACUGUAUAGGAAGGGUACCAGUUUUUAAAUAACUUAGGGUGAUGCAUCCUUCAGAGCAGUGAGUGCAUUAUGUAGCCACCAGUUAUAUUUAUUCGGUAUUUAACAUUGUUCAUAAAGCCAUAAGCAAUUUAAAAACCCAGUGCUUUACUAGACAAAUGUCAUGUCAGAUGAUAUAUGGUUGAUGUGUGGGAAGCGGGAAAAAUCAUGAGAUCCCCCCAAAAUUAGGUUUUAAUAGCUUAUUAGGUAGUAGGAAAAGAUAUUUUCUCAGGGCCAUGCCAGUUCUAAUAUGAAUUGUGAUACGUAAUGACAGUAUUGUUAAAACUGUCAUAUUUGUAGUAUCGGUUACAGAAAACCUGCACAAUUUUAGGUUAAAUUUUCUCCACAUUAGGGGUGUUCUUACUCAAUUCUCACUGAUGACAGAAGGCAGCGGCCUCCUGUUGCCCCAGCACACAUCUCCAUUCAUCUAGCUAUGAAGUAGCAAUUAAGGGAACAAGCAUGGGGUGGUGGUGCUAAAAUUUCAACAAAGUGGCUACCACAAGUGUUUCCUCGAGACAAGAGGUGGGUUUUAAACAGCGUUUUAAGCACGUUUAUUAACCACAGCCUCAAAGAUGAGGUGGUGGGCCAUAAUUUGUCUUGUGGCUAAAGUAUAAUGGCUUUGCAUGGUAUGCUUUAAAGCUACUCUGAUUGCAGGAUAGAUGAAUUACCAGUAGGCAUUAAAGAAGAAAAUAUAGUAUCAUUUGAUUUAAUAAAAGAUAAAGAUUUACACUUCGUGCUGUCUCCACUUUUCUUUCCGGUCUCUCUGAUUACAAGAAAU